AUGUUAUCUGCAAAAGGUUUUGAUUUUACAGAUAACAGAGAAAUUUGUGCAAUUAUAUUGUGCCGAGAAUGUACAUUUGAUUUAAAGGCUAAUAGACUUCCAAAAUUUUCUCUUGCUAAUAAUCUUUAUUGUGGGGAACUUCCAGAGCAAUUCCAAGAUAUGACUUGGGUUGAAGAGAUGACUUGUGCCAUCUACCGAGGAACUGCAUAUGUUACACGUCUCUAUGAAUCUCCUGAUCCAAGUCAGCCAUGGGUAUUUAGAGGAAAUACAUGUGCCCAUGAUGUUAAUGUAAUUUCUACUGCAUCGGUUUUACCAUUAACUCCUGAUGCAGUUAAUGAUUUAUUAUCUGUUAUUUUCAUUGGUCCUGGAAAAUACUCAAAAGAAUGUUUAAAACAAGUUUUUCAUGUACGAAAGCAUAAAAUUUGGGCAUUUCUUGUAUGGUUGAAGAAAUAUAAUCCACUUUAUAAAGAAAUACCAUUAUCAAUAGAGAAUCUAAAUAUGUAUCCUGAUGGAGAUGUAAUGCCUGAAAUAGAGAAAAGGGUUAUUUAUGAAAAAAGACAUUAA